AUGAUUAUUGUGGAUUUGAUUUUGGCAAUUCUUUGGAGUGCUAUCAAGAUGUUUUACUUGGUGGCGUUGUCGCUGGUGUGCGACCGACUGUUGUCGGCGCGGAACGAGACGCGGGCGCUGGUGAACGAGCUGGUGAUGGACUACGAGCUGCCGGCGGCGGCGCGCGCGCAGGCCAAGUCCUUCACGCACCUCAUCAACGCGCACCCGCUCAGCAUCCACAUUUACGACAUGUUCACGGUCGAUAUCACUUUAAUGUUGAAGUUUAUAAGCGUUUCCACUACAUAUUUAAUUAUUAUUAUACAAAUUUCAAAUUUUCUUUGA